AUGGUGAAAACUAGAGGAAGUGGCUCUCGGUCUGUCAAGGAUUUGAAGGCUGGCUCGUUGACUGCAUCUUCAUCUCUCACCAAGAAAAAUGCUCGAAAGAGUACCUUGUCUCAGCCUAGUCUCAUUAACGCAACCAUCACCACGAGCAAAGCCAUGGUCAUUCCUGACCUCGAAGCCCCCAAAGUACCAUCUGGACCUCCUUCAUCAGCGGCUCCACUCGCCUCUGCUCCUAGGUCUUCCAAAAAGGUUCGAGCAUCCCUCUCAGAUGAUGUCUCUGAUCAUGACGGUGAUUCGGCCAAAACCCAUUCUGACUCCACUGAAUCCCCUGAUGUUCUUGGACCCAAGAAAAAAAAACAAAGGGUGGUUCCAGGUUUCCUCUUCUCGAAAAUCCCCUCGGUCCGAAGGAUGAUCCCCUUGAAGAUGAUGCCCUCUAUUGAUGAUGAUGUUGCAUCUGAAGCCGAAUUUGACCCAUCAGAGGACCCUCCUGUUUCUCCAAAAGGCAAGAAAGUUGUGAAAAUUCCUGAGAUUCGCACAAAAGUGUUUGGGGUCAUUAAGAAUAUUGAGGAUCGAUGGUGGUUAGGUUCUUUAACUGGGUUUGAUGGUUUUGUUCCUCGGGUUGUUCAAGAAUUCUAUUGUAAUCUUAAUGAUGCUCUGUUUGAUAGCAAUGCUGCUGAAAUUGCCAAGGUUCUCAAUUUGCCUCCUACUGUUAUCAAUGUUGCUAUGGAGUUCAACAAAGACAAGGUUUUAUCUGAGUUGGUGGGACAGAAUAUGGUUUGGGAACAACACUCGGUUCUCAAGGUGGCCGAUCUUACUCAUUACUAUGUCUUGCUUCACAAAUUUGCCACCAACAACUGGAUUCCCACCACUCAUACAUCUUCCAUUACCUUUGACACGACCUUCUUUCUAUUCAAAGUCAGGACUGGUCUUCAAGUUGAUCUUGCCACUCUCAUUUUUGAUCAGAUCGCUGCCUUAGGAAAAGCCAAAAAGAAAGGCCAAUAUUUGGUGUUUCCUCAUUUGAUCUACAAGUUGCUUGAUUCUCAAAAGUCUCUCCGGUUGGAAUAUGAAAUCGUGACAACUCCCACUGCCGGUGUAGAUUACAAACUCAAGAAGGAAUCCUCAUCAGUCAAGACAACUAAAGGGAUUUCUAUCAAGGCUGGUGAUGCUGAUUCUGUCAUUACUGAACUCGCUGGUGUCAAGGCCACUUUGGAAUCUGUUCAGACAGAAGUUUUCAGUCUCAAGAAUUGUCUCUCGACCAUGAUGUCUCGAUUUGCUGCGAGACCUUCCAAAUGA